ACUAUUAAUAUGGAAUAGGAUAACCUAUUUAUACAACAGUUUUUUUUUUUUUGAUGGACUCUAUAUAGCUCGUGUUUGUCAGGUCUAACUACAUUUCCCAUGAUUCCCCUCUGCGUCUAAACGUAGCGGACGCACAUUCUAGAACCUUGACGACUCUUCCAGCGUAAGUAUUUUUUUUAUCCGACGUUGUGUUGACCCGUCCUACUUUUAAAGCCAACACCAAGAAGGCAUUGUCACUGCGCCGUUGCUGUCGUUUAUAUUUUCAUGUAAAAGGUUUCUGUUUUUUCCCCCACCUGCUAAUGGGAAUUUAAAAAAGAAUAACCCUGAAGUGUGCGGAGAAGAGCUAGCUAAACACGCGACAGCAACACAAAUCGACGAGGGGGCAGGGCAUGUUUACAGAUCGGCCCUUUUUGUGAUCUUCAUGCUCAGCCUCUCCCCUCGGCCAGUGAGCUGGGGUAUCUGCCUGCCAUGUUUUCAUUUUCAGGGCCCACCAGUCUUCCUGAAUUUGACUUUGGACCCCCACAUUCCUCUGACAGCCUUCACAGACACAUCAACUCAGAGAGCUGGGAAACCAGACGCCUUAGGAAGCAUCGGAGACUAGAGGAUGAGGGUUGCAGUGCCAAAAAGCGGAGGCUAAUGCCCGAGACAGAUGUGGACAUUUUGGAGAACAAUUGUUCUGCCUUGUCUGCACAACAAGUUGCUGUUUCUCCUGCGCAGCCAUGCUCAGCUCUUCAGACCCUCUCUAUGCCUCAGCCCUCUUCCCUCCGGCCCCAACCUGAGAUGGAGAGCUCCUGCAUGGAGAUCGAAGCAGCUCACAGGAAACUGCAGGAAAUUGAAGACCGAAUAAUCCUUGAAGACGACGAUGAGGAUCUUGACUUGGAGCCAGCUCCAAGACGGCCGGUCCUGGUGAUCUCAGACAGUUUAAAGGAAGGUCUCCAGCGGGGCCUCAGCGAUAUUCUCCCACAAACAGUGGCCCAGUCUGUGAGUCCUUCAGGCAUGGAGCUGGUCCUGUGGCGUCCUCCAGAAGAUCCUUUCUGUCAGAGGUUAAAGGACUCGUUACAGAAACAGCGUAAACAGACAGUUUCCCGGCAAAUACCAACUCCCUGUACGUCUCCCACGCCUCCCCUCAGCCCCUCCAGUCCGCCUGCAGAGACAUGUUCCCCCAUGCACAGCUUCCCUGUGCUGCAGAGCUCAGCUGAAGAAGACAUGGAAAUUUAAACCAACAUGAAUAAAUAAGCUGGAGAGUUUGUGUUCUGAUCUCUUGUUGAUCCUGUGUUCUAUUUGAGGAGUUUGUGCAACAUUCAUUCGCCAAUGUUGGGUUUGUUUUCUGUGGACAGAUACGUGAGGAUUACAUUUAACAGUGUUAUUGGUGUAGGCCGAAUCUUUUGAAGCCUGUAGAUUCACUGCCUUACUAACACUCACUUUGAAAUUAGAAGCCUUUUGUACAUAUUUCUGACCAGCAGCACAUAGAUGUCUUGUAAAUAUGACUUAUGUUUUUGUUGAACAUGAAUAUGAGUGCAGCACCAAGGUCUCUGCAAACUUUUAGGGAGUCGCUACAGAACACUAAGAGCCUGACUUCCUGUUUGCUGUUACAUUGUGAUGGAGGAGUCAUCCUCCUCUGUUACAGGUAUACUGUCUGUGAACUUUGACUUUUCAAAUGAACUCAGUCGUUUUGUUACAGAGGACUGAUCAUCUUCUGGUGCAGAUAUUUAAAACAUCUGUGAUUUUUUUAUUACCUUGUAAUUAAUUCUAUGUCAUUUUUUUAACGAUUUGAUUGAUUUUUGCAAAUGUACAUUGCCAUAAAGGGUUGCUGCUUUUGUUUUAUAAUAAA